CGGAUACGCAUCAACAUGCCUUGAUGCGUCUUGGGUCUUUUUCUGUGAACUGUGGCAAACAAGUUGUGCCUGGAGCUGCAGAGGGGGACUGCUGCUGAUCGGCAAGCAAACAGACAUAACGACGGGGCCAGUGUGCAGCAAACGAGGUUCCCUGGAAAACAUUUCUGUGAUCUGUAGGACAGCGACUCUCAGAAUUGCACGCUGAACUGCACAAGUCAUGUACCAAGUUGUGCCAGGAGGGGCGGGAGGCACAAUUACAGAUGCACUCCCCAAGCAGAAACACAGCAAGGACACUCGACCCUUAGUCGGAGCUGGAGUAAUCGGUCUGGUGCUGGUAAUUGCAGCAGUGACUGCAUGGUGUUAUUACAUAGCCUCUCUACGCAAAGCUGAGCUGCUUAAGACUCAGCUUCUGGAUCUGAAUAAAGAUGGCUACAUUAUCCGUAACCAGGGAGGGUCUAUUGUUUUCAGAAUGGAUUUCAGGUCAGGUACACUUGAUUUGGAUUCAUGCUCCAAAGAAGGGGAGAUGCUGAGCUGCUCACGCACCUCUGAUAGAAAUCUGAAUUUCUUCAUUGAGACAGUGCGACCCAAAGACACGGUACAAUGCUAUCGUGUGCGCUGGGAGGAACUGGUUCCUGACAUUCCUGUUGAGCAUGCCAUGACAUACAAGUUUGCACACUGGUAUGGUGGUGCAGUGUCAGCAAUUCAACACUGGCCUAUUUCUAUUUACGGCCAACAGGCUCCCAAACCCUUUGUCACUAGUGACAUUUACUCAAACCGCCAUGAAUUUGGUGGAAUUUUGGAGAGUUAUUGGCUUUCCUCCAAUGCUACAGCCAUCAAGAUAAAUAAUUCAGUGCCCUUCCACCUGGGCUGGAAUGACACUGAGAAGACCAUGUCCUUCCAAGCGCGAUACAAUGACAGUCCCUUCAAGCCAAACCCAGGAGAGGCUCCAUGUGCUGAACUCAGCUACAGAGUGUGUGUGGGCUUGGAUGUGACAUCCAUACACAAGUACAUGGUCCGCAGAUACUUCAACAAACCAUACAAAGUACCUGCCAAAUCCAUGUUUCGCCAUCCUAUAUGGUCCACCUGGGCGCUACAUAAGACUGACAUUGACCAAGAGAAACUCUUGACGUAUGCCGCCAACAUUCGCAAGUAUAACUUUACCUGUAGUCACCUGGGACUAGACGAUCGAUACACCAGCCGCCACGGAGAAUUUGACUUUGACCCAAUAAAGUUCCCCAAUGCCUCAGCCAUGUUCCAAAAGCUGAAAUCUGAUGGAUUUAUGGUGUCGCUUUGGAUUCACCCGUUUGUCAAUUAUGACUCUGCAAACUUCCAUUACUGCGUAGAGAGGGGGCUUUUAGUCCGAGAGCCUACAGGCCGGCUGCCAGCUUUGGUGCGCUGGUGGAAUGGCAUUGGCGGAAUUGUGGACUUUACAAAUCCAGAAGCCCGUAAUUGGUUUUCCUCCCAGCUCCGUUCACUGCGCUCGAGCUAUGGAGUGUCAUCUUUCAAAUUUGAUGCUGGGGAGACCAGUUACUUACCAUGGAAAUUUAGUACCUUUACUCCCAUUCGGGACCCAAGUUUUUUCACAAGACGUUACACGGAAAUGGCUAUUCCCUACAAUGACAGAGCUGAGCUGCGCAGUGGCUACCAGUCCCAGAACAUAUCCUGCUUCUUCAGACCAAUUGACAGAGACUCUGUGUGGGGCUAUGAGCUGGGUCUCAAGUCCCUUAUCCCCACAGUGCUCACCAUCAGCAUCCUCGGCUAUCAGUUCAUUCUACCUGACAUGAUCGGAGGGAAUGCCUAUCUGAACCGCACUGAUGGAGAUCGUGUAUUACCCGAUCGCGAGCUCUAUAUCCGCUGGCUGGAGCUGGCAGCCUUCAUGCCCUCCAUGCAGUUUUCUGUCCCGCCAUGGGAAUACGACAAUGAGGUAGUUGAAAUUGCUCGGAAAUACACAGCCAUCCACGAAAGUAUUGUGGCGCCACGGGUCCUGGAGCUGGCUGGCGAGGUGCUGGACACCGGGGACCCAAUCAUACGGCCCCUGUGGUGGAUUGCCACACUUGAUGAGACAGCCUAUAAAAUCGACUCCCAGUUCCUGAUUGGGGAUGACCUCAUGGUAGCCCCAGUUUUGGAGCCUGGAAAGCAAGAGCGUGACAUCUACCUCCCUGCCGGCCGUUGGAGAAGCUACAAGGGGGAGAGAUUUGAUAUCAAGGAGCCACUGCAUCUCACAGACUAUCCUGUAGACCUGGAUGAAAUUGCUUACUUUGUUUGGGUGUAGCAAGAAGGGAUUGUAAAGCUGAACAGACUUGAUUAGCCUUUGCUACAAUUUGCUUGUAAGACAAGCUUCACAAAUUCAGCUUUUAUUCUUGUGUGCAAAGGUUGUUUGUUAUGGAAAAGCUAUUCUGCCACACAAUAUGACAACUUUUUAAAUACUACAAUACACCACAAAUGUGAAACUGUUCAUCUCAAAAGUGCUCAAAACCUCAUCUUAAUUUCUUAUUUCAUUUAAAUGAAUAAAGGUAGAAUCUUUUUUAUUUUCUUUUUGUAUUUUUUUAGUGGUUUGAUGUAAAUAUAUAUCAAGGUAUUGUCCUUUAAAGACAGACUAUGUAACUUUUGACAGCCACUGUCAGUGUGAUGCACGUUCACACUUGACAAGAGCCAGGUUAAAGUUCAGUUCACAUAGUUUAAAAUGAACUAGGUCACGUUCAUGGUUCACAAUUUGAAAUUUGAAGUAAGUUCACAGUUCCAAAGAAUGAACUAGUUUACGUUUGUGUCUUGGAUGCAUCGACUCGAUGUGUUGUUUCAUAUUUGUUGCCAAAUGUGGCUGAUGUUGGGAGAGUUGUAUUUUCAGACUUGGUGGCAAAUAUGAAAUAUGAAAGUACUUGUUGUAAACCUCGGUUUGCCUCAAAUUGAGUGUCAAUGUCACAGGAGUGACUGACACUUGUGUUCAAGUCCAUAAAUUGCAAACUGAUGCAUUCAAUUCACCAUUCACCAAAAGUAUGAGCACAUUCAAUGAGCAUGCACUGCUAGCGUGUUCAUGCACAACACUGGCCACUGUAGCCAGAAGUCACAAUUAUGUACUUAUGAUGACUGUAAUAACAGUAGCACAGGUAAUGAAGAGUCAUACAAAUUAACAAACUGGCUCCAUAUUGUCAGUUAAACAGCAAUGUAUGUUUCAAGUUUGCUGACAUUAGCUGAUGUUAGCCACUUUAAGCUACUUGUCAUACCAGACCACGCAAAGUUCCAGCAGCAAAAUCCCAUUACAUAUAAAAGUUACACGGUCUCACUUUAAAGCCUGUGCAAGCCACAUAUAUCAAACAUUUGUCAUAAAGGGAAUACACAAACUGUGAAUUAAGUGAGGCAAAGUUGUCUUUGCAUGCCAUAAAGUUGAAGUUAAAUUCAAGCCAAACAGAUCAUGUCAUGGGAGGACAAUUAAAGGGGUGUCAUUAUCGUCAUCAAACAGACAGUAGGCUACAUAAAACCUUCUAUAUUGAUAAAAAAUUCCCUUUGACUGAGACAUCCUACUUUCCUGUGACACUAAUGACUCUUCUUCUCUGCUGCUCCGAGAUACUUUCCAGGAAGUCAGGUCUUAUGCUUCACUUAUCAGGAUGAAUGCUUGAAGUUUAAUCAUUACAAACUGCACAUGCUCUCAUUUGUGGAACUGAGUGUCAUGUAACUACUCUUAGCCCAGACGACGAUGCCUUUUAUUAGGCACUAAAUAUUUUAUGCUCUUCCUCAGGUAACAGCCUUUUUCUGGCUGUGGUGUGUUUUUAAGUGUCUUGUAAUUGUCUUAUUUUGCUUUGCUGACUCCAAAUGCAGCUAAACAGCUAGUCAUACUCCAGUAUAUAAUAUGCUCUGGUUACUUUAAACCUACUUCUUAUGCAGUGAGGAAGUCCAUAGAUGUCGUAAAUUAAAUUACCAAAGUAGAUGGUACAGUGUGUUUUGUAACCUUGAGUUUGUUAAUGUGAAUAUUUUGUAACUGCAGUGACAUCUCAAAGUGCCAUGUGUUAAUAAUUACUGCCACAUACUGUAUGUGAUUUCAUGUUAUGCUAUACAUUUAUUGUUGUUGCCUUGUUACAUAUUGUACAUUUAUUAUGUAAUAUUAUCAUUAAUUUAACCACUUAACGGAGUGAGUUAACUCUUUAUGUGCAAUCAGAGAGUGCACCACUUAUGCUAGAAAACUAAAGUUCCCAUUAUGCAUCUGUAAAUAUCUGAGAAAAAAAAGAAUCUCAUAGUUUUCAUAUCAUAUCGUAUCAUAUCAGAGUACAUCAUGUGAUGCAACUGAUACUUCCUCAAACUCUGUUUAAGGCAGCAAGCAGAGAUGUGGACUUGACUUGCAGACUUGAGUCACAAAUUUGAUGACUUUAGACUCGACAAAAUCAAAAAAAGUCUUUGACUUUAACACCAUUGACACUUGACUUCACUUGACCUCACUUUGACUUGAAAAUACUCGAUACCUUCGGAAAGAGAACGUUGAGAAAUGAUUUCAAUAUGAGAUGAGUUAAAUACAACAAGACAGGCCAGAAACAUACAAAAUUCAUUCUGUGGUACUGGACUAUUGUGCUAUAUGCUAUGAAAAAACAUUUAUUAAUUAUGUUAGUAUAAUACAUUAUUACUCUAUUGUUAAAAUGGCAUUACAUGUGAUGAAGGGUACAUUAUAAUCUGUUUAGGACUCAAAACUCAUUAAAGACUUGGGACUUGACUUGGGACUUGAGUACAAAGAAUUUAGACUUACUUGUGACUUGCAAAACAAUGAGUUGAUCCCACCAAUGGCAAUUAAAGAAUAAUAUUGGUAACCAGGCUUUUGGAUCCCGACCCUGAACAUGACAAUGACUCCCUCUGGUUCCUGUUAGCUUUCAUAAAACUUGUUGAGGUAAGCUUUGACGUUGCAUUUAGAAAAACACUGUUACUGUAUAAUAACGAAAAGGAAAUGUCCACAUUCUCAUGGUGCAAUGUUCUCGUGUGACAAUAUUUCUCUAUUUUUGUUUAACGCUGUCUUCUGUGGCUCGCAGGUUGACCUGAGUGGGUUUUGUUUGUGCCUUUUGACAUAGUAAUAUCAUAACAGCACUACCUAUUUAUAGCAGUUCUCACUCAGCAUCUGGGCCAGGCCAACCUCUGAGGCUAUUUCUGUCUCAGACUGUCUUGCUUUAUGAUGAGACUGAGAGAUUAUAUAUCUCGGACUGAAUGUUUCUUUGCUUUAGGCUCUUAUGACCCAGUGUGUGCUGUCUGCCUCGAGUUAUUGUAACUGGACAUUGUGCUAAUUUCGGCAAGGGUGCAUACUUGAUGUCAUUUUGUAUGAAUGUAUUAAAAGGAAUCAUGUUUGA